AGCCAGCUGGAUGGGAGGAGGGAGUCGGGCGAAGACAAACAUGAACAAGCUGAAGUCCUCACAGAAGGAUAAAGUUCGCCAGUUCAUGAUUUUCACACAAUCCAGCGAGAAGACCGCAUUGACCUGUCUGUCACAGAAUGACUGGAAACUAGAUGUUGCCACGGACAAGUUUUUCCAAAAUCCAGAGCUCUACGUGUCAAAUCUAAAGGGAGCCUUAGACAAGAAGAAACUCGAGCAACUGUACAACAGAUAUAGAGAUCCCCAGGAUGACAACAAGAUCGGCAUUGACGGGAUCCAGCAGUUCUGUGAUGACCUGGGUUUGGAUCCGGCCAGUAUAAGUGUCCUCCUCAUAGCCUGGAAGUUUAGGGCGGCAACGCAAUGCGAGUUCUCGAAACAGGAGUUCAUGGAUGGCAUGGCUGAACAGGGGUGUGACAGUAUAGAGAAGUUAAAAGCUCAGCUGCCAAAGAUGGAGCAAGAGUUAAAGGACCAAGGGAAAUUUAAGGACUUUUACCAGUUUACAUUUAAUUUUGCCAAGAAUCCAGGCCAGAAAGGUUUGGAUUUAGAAAUGGCAAUUGCAUAUUGGAAUUUAGUACUGGCUGGAAGAUUCAAGUUCCUGGACUUGUGGAACAGGUUUUUAGUUGAGCACCACAAAAGAUCAAUUCCUAAGGACACUUGGAACCUCUUACUAGACUUCAGCACAAUGAUCACAGAUGACAUGUCGAAUUACGAUGAGGAAGGAGCAUGGCCUGUCCUUAUUGAUGACUUUGUGGAGUUUGCACGGCCACACAUUGGGACCAAAAGCACGGCAGUUUGAGGGCUGCUCUCACUGAAGGAACAUCCAUGUAUCCAUGUGAGGUUUCCACAAAACAGAGAGCCCUGUUAAUGGAGGACAAGGGGACCACACUGAGCUGAGAACUAUGUUGCCUUUUCAACCCUCAGGACUGAAAUAUUUUACACAGCAGAGACUUUAUAUAUAUGUGUGUGUAUGUACAUAUAUAAAAAGGCAUAUCUCUUUGUUGGUCAACUUGUGGUGGUUUGGAACUUUUAUCUAAAGUAUUGGGCUUUUUGUGUGCGCUCAAGCCAACUACAGAGGAGCCACCAUUUUUGCCCACAUGUUUGGGCUCUGCUCAGAAGCAGGUAGAUAGACACACUUUUGAAUUGUAAACACGAGGGUUUGCAAGGGGAUGUCGGUCUUUAAAUACUGAAUUUUAACACUCUUGUGUGUAUUCCUGAUUUUGCUUUUGUUUUACGAUACAUUUGUGUGACAAGUUAGUAUAAAACAUUGAUGGUAAUUUUUUAAGCAUAAUGCUGUUUGUUUAAACACAAAUGUAUAAGGAUAAAAUAAAUGUUUCAAUUUGGUAUC